UCUCUCUCUCUCUCUCUCUCUCUCUCUCUCUCUCCUUUUUCCCCUCCCCUCCUCUCCUAUUCUCUCUCGUAUUAGAAUCCUACUCCUAACCCAAUUUAGAUACAUCUCCAAUAUGUACGUAUACAUCAAUUACCAAUACGUAUGUAUGCAUGUAUAUAAACACCUCCUCUCUUUCUCAUGGGCCUCUAUGGAAUUCAUGAUUUAGAGAGAGAGAGAGAGAGAGAGAGAGAUUGAAGAAGAGAUAUAGGGGGGGAGAGACUAGAGAGAGAAAGACGAGAAAAAGAGAUGGGGAGCAGCAGUUGUGUGGGAUUAAUGGCGGUCGUCGCGGUCUCGAGCAGCGUCGCGCUCGUCGCAUUCCAGAUCCACCGGCGGCUCACAUCGGAGUUUCUCAAGAAGAUCGAAUCCGAACUCGGGAACGGUACUCAACGAAUCCGACCCAAGAAGAAGGUCAGCUUCGCGGCCGACGUGAUCGAGCCGUCGUCGAACAACAAAGAGUAUCGGAGGCGUAGGUCAAGCGCAUCGGCUCAGCCGAUCGAAUCGUCAUAGAGAUUUGAUUGGUUGAUACAUCGACGUAGGGAGAACUUGACAAUGUAUAGGGAGUAGUCUAGUCUUUUCCUUUUUUUUUCUCUUUUUUAAUGCUACAAGUUGAGAGCUCUUUCUUGUAGAUUUCUUUGUAUAUUAAGCUUUUCCUUAAUUAAUUUUUUGUUUACACCUAAUGUUGAAAGCAACACUUUUGUACCAUAUGAAAUAUGUGAAUAGUUAUUGCAACAAGUUCUCAAUUUAGAUCC